CUGCAGUCAGGAGAACUGUGUUAGUGUGUGUCAGUGUGUGGAAUAUUCUGGGAAUCAUGGGAUUGAUUGAGAAGCAACAUGGAAACUAAAAAGAAGAAGUCCCGUCAGAGUCGGGGACCCCCACAACACCCCUGCAGGACACAAGUUGAACAGGAGCAGAUACAGAAAAGGACUUUCACCAACUGGAUCAAUGCACAGCUGUCCAAGAGAAAGCCCCCAUGUGUGGUGCUGGACCUCUUCUAUGACUUCAGGGAUGGAGCCAGACUACUGGACCUACUGGAGGCUAUGAGUGGACAGCGCCUGAGUCGAGAGAGAGGGCGGGGCAUGUUCCAGCACAGGAGUAACAUUGAGACAGCGCUGUCCUUCCUCAAGAAGAAAUCGAUUAAGCUAGUCAACAUUAACGUUCCUGACAUUAUCAAUGGCAAACCCUCAAUCAUCCUUGGACUCAUCUGGACCAUCAUCAUGCACUUCCAUAUAGAGGAGCUGGCGAGCACGUUGUCCUUCAGCUCUCGUCAGGCGUCGCUGGAGUCUCUGGCCAGCCUGGACACUCUGGGCUCCACCCACAGCAGCGCUCGCUCCUCCCCCCUGCCAAGAAGCUCCGCCCCCUCCCCCUCCCCCCUGCACCAGCACUUCCGCGUCUCCGCCAAGAAAGCCCUGCUGCUGUGGGUCAGAGAGCAGUGCCACAAGGCCGGCUGCACUCUGAGUGUGAAGGACUUCCGGUCCAGCUGGCGCAGCGGCGUGGUGUUCCUGGCCGUGCUGAGCGCCCUGCGGCCCAACGUGGUGGACCUCAGCAAGGCCAGAACCAGAACCAACCGCCAGAACCUGGAGGAGGCCUUCCGACUCGCCGAGAGGGAGCUGCACAUCCCCAGGCUUCUGGACCCUGCAGAUGUGGACGUGCGGGAGCCUGAUGAAAAGUCGAUCAUGACAUACGUGGCUCAAUUCCUGCAGUACUCUAAAGACAUGCCUGUAUCAGACGAAGAAAUGCCAGCGGUCUAUAUGACUCCUCCUCAGCGUUUGUCUCCUAUCAAUCUGCCUUCCAACUUCACUCCGGCCAUUUCUGCUUCUCCAUACCGACAGGGGCUCCUGCUUAUGCCAUCUACCCUCAGGACACCCUGCCAGUUACCCGACCUCUCCAGAUCCUUCUCCCCAGGGACCUCAUCCAAUCAGAAGGCCCAGGAAGUGACAUAUUGGCUGGAACAGGCCUAUCAGGAGCUACUUGAGGGGUGGGACUCCACAGAGGGAGAGAGCUAUGCUGAGAGAUAUCAUGUGUUCCAAACCUUCAUCGUGUCAUUUAAUGAGCAGCGUCGGCCUGUGAUGCCGUUGCUAACGGCGAUGAAACGCACCCCUAAACUAAGUGAGGAACAGAAGGGGCUUAGAGCAGCCUGGGACUCCCUUGCUGAAAAGCUGCGUGAGUAUAAGACAGAGCUGGACCUCAGCCUGCCCACUCCCCUGGAUACGGUGGGCCGCUGGUUGCUACGGGCGGAGGCGGCGCUGUCCGACGAGGAGGCCGACUCCCAGGACCACGUCCGAGCGGCCGAGGAGGCGCGAGAGAAGCUGGAGCAGCUCAAGGUCAGUCAGCAGCUCAAGGGAAGUCUGGAGGAGAUGCCUCGGCACCUGAAGACGUUCCAGAUGUUCCAGAACAUGGAUGAGUACGGAGGGGAGAUGGUUCCGACCGACAAGCUGGAGGAGAUAAAGAGGAGGUUCACCAGUGUGAGGGUCACUGCUAAGUACCACGGCGUGCGGCUGGACUACCAAGAGCAGCGACACACAGCACUGGACCUGCUGGGUCAGAUCAACACCAAACUCAACACAUGGAAAAGGGCCUACAUUUCCCAGGAGGCCGUGCGGGUGCUGCUGCAGGAUUGGCAUGAGACGGUGGGGAAGCAGGAGCUGGUGACACGCCUAGAGGGAGUCCUGGUGAAACUGAAGAACAUCGUCUCCAAAUACAGCAGCAAGUCGGCACUGGCUGGUGAGGCGAACCUGGUGGGUCAGCAGUUGAAGAUGCUGCAGGCGGACAGUGCGGUCGCCAUGGAGGCGGUGGUGGCGGUGAAAGGCACCAUGGGAAGAGUGCUGUCAGCGUUCGACUCGUUCUCAGACCUCCACAGCUCUCUACUGGCCUGGCUGGAGCAGGGAACACAGAGAGCAGAGGUGAGUGCGGAGGUGCUGUCGGAGUGGGGGUGUCGUCAGGCCCGCCUGGCCCAGGUGGGCAGCUACCUGCUGGAGGUGACCGAUCCCCAGACCAGCCGCAGUCUGGGUGAGGAGCUGCGCCGCGUCAACCUCCACUGGGACGAGUACGUCAGGAGGGUCCAGCUGGUGGGCGGUGGGCGUGCGGCGGAGCCUGGGGCGGAGCAGGAGCCGGAGCCUGUGCAGGUGCGACCGCAGACGCUCCAGGUGCUGCUAAGGGAGGCCACACAGCUCCUCAAGGAACCGCUGGACGUCAUGUCCACUCCACUACGCACCUACCGCAAGAGACUACAGUUUAUGAUGAUGAAGAUUAAGGACGUGGAUAUGGACGCCCUGACACCGGCACCCGAGUUUCCUGCAGAGACCCUGCAGAAGUUCAAGCAGGCCAUGCCAGAGGUGCUGCAGACGCUGUGUGAGGCCAUGCAGGUGUGUGAGGAGCUGCAGCAGAGUGUGUGUGGGCUGGAGAGUCGUCUGGCUGAGCUGCUGCUGUGGGAGUCGGAGGCCAGAGAACUCUACCAGCUACUGAGAUACAAAUACAGAGCACAGGACCCCAGGACCAGGGAGCUGAUCUCCCGGGGGCUGCAGCUGGAGGGUCAGGUGGUGAUGGAGGAGCAGGACCUGCAGGUGAUGGUGAUGUCGGGUCAGAAGAGCUCUCCCCUGCAGUACCUCAUCGCCUCCAGCAUGCAGGACCGCAUACGCAGCGCCGUCUCCAAAUCGCAGGAGGUCGUUGGCCUGCUCAGUUCUCUGGGUUCUCGACGAGACCAGAGUCCCCCUAGAGACCAGCCCCCCGCCAAAAUCUUUGUCCAAUCACCAGCCGAGGCCGAUGCCCCAGCCCUUCCCCCUUCUCAGCCUUCUGACCAAUCAGAGGAGCCAGACUCAGCCGUGCGGCCAAAGGCCCCACCUCAAGCCCAACCCCCAGAUGAAGUUCAGAGCUCUGGCCCCACCCCUCGGCCACCAUUGGCCCAGCCGGUUCCCCAGAUCAUCGUGCAGGAGUUCGGCGAGGAGCUCAGUGUCUCUCCACCCCAGCAGGGCCCCCAGACUCAGCCCACAGCCCCAGCAGAUGCUCUGGCCCAGGCCAGCGUGAGGCCCAAGAGCCGGACGCGUCCGCAGGCCCAGGCUGCUGCCAGAGGGGGGGCGCAGGUGGAGCACAGGCCCCCCCCGCCCCCUCGCCAGCCCCCAGAGACCCAGGAGCAGGGGCACAUGCCCGCUCAGGUGCCCGCUCAGGUGCCUGCUCAGGUGCCCGCUCAGGCCCCGCCUCAGACACCACAGCCCACCCAGCAGCCGCCGCUACCGCAAGAGCCAGCUGCCACACCCCUCGACAUCAGGGCGCGCAAGGCCCUGGCCCGUCAGAACCGACCCUGGCUCCAGCAGAAGGCAGCACAGGCAGAACAAACAGAACCUAAGGCCCAGUCAGAGGCUCAAGGCUCAGGCCAGAAGGUAACGUCAACGGCCAUGAGUCAACCUCAACCGCCAAUGGCAAGCCAAACUCAACAACAGGCUGCUAGCCAACCUCAACAGCAAGUCCGAAGUCAGACUCAACAACAAGCAAAGAUCCAGUCUCAACAGCAAGUCCAAAGUCAGACUCAACAACAAGCAAAGAUCCAGUCUCAACAGCAAGUCCAAAGUCAGACUCAACAACAAGCAAAGAUCCAGUCUCAACAGCAAGUCCGAAGUCAGACUCAACAACAAGCAAAGAUCCAGUCUAAACAGCAAGUCCAAAGUCAGACUCAACAACAAGCAAAGAUCCAGUCUCAACAGCAAGUCCAAAGUCAGACUCAACAAGCUACGCGGGAAACUCAACAGCAAGUCCAAAGCCAAACUCAACAACAAGCAAAGAUCCAAGGACAACAACUUGUCCAAACACAACAACAACAAGUCAAAAUCCAAGGUCAGCAGGUAGUCUUUAGCAAGACUCAACAGCAAGUGGUCAGCCAGACUAAAGCACAAACACAGAGCCAGCCUCAGACACCAGUGUCCAGCCAAGCCCAGUCAAAAACUACGACCCUGCUUCAACCUCAACCACCUCAUCCAACCAAACCCCAGGCUGCAGCCACAGGCCCGACUCAACCCGCUGUUGGUCUGAGUCAGGCACCCGUGCAGAGCCAAGCCCAAUCUCAACCACAGACCCAGACGAGAGGCCCAACUCAGACUCAGGCUGGGGUGCAGAGGUAUCCACAGCCAAUGGCAGCCGCCCAGAGUCAGUCCAUGGCCCAGAGUCAGUCCAUGACCCAGAGUCAGUCCAUCGCCCAGAGUCAGUCCAUGACCCAGGCUAAGACCCAGUCCAUGACCCAGGCUAAGACCCAGUCCAUGGCCCAGAGUCAGUCUGUGGCUGCAGCCCACCUCCAGCAGCAGCCUCCAGCUCAGUCCAGACCACAGCUGACGGUCCAGACGCAACCUCGUCCCAUGGUGCCGACCUCACCAACCCCCAUGACACCUGUCCAGCCCCAGGUCCUGUCUCAGAGACAGCCUCAGCAGCAGGUCCCCACCCAGGGAGCCCAGCCCCAACCCCAGGCUUACUUUGCCCAGGGUGUCCACCCGGCACCGAUGCCCCAGACCUACCCUACCCAGGGUGUCCACCCGGCACCGAUGCCCCAGACCUACCCUGCACAGGGUGCCCACCCGGCACCGAUGCCCCAGACCUACCCUGCCCCACAGGGGUUGUCCGCCACGCCCCUGCAGCCCAAACCCAGCAGCCCCAUCCAGCCACGCAUCAUCAGCAUGCCCCCGGCACGGCUACAGGCCCCCACGCAGCCCCAGCCCUUGCGUUCUGUUACCCCUCCUGCCCCCAGGGCUCCCCAUCCUGCCCCUCCUCAACCCCAGUCUCAGCAGUGGGGGCCCCUAAAACCAGAGGUGGUGCCCCAGAGUUACCCCAAGCCCCAAACGCAGGUCCCCAUGCCUGCCCAGAUGCCCUCCAUGGGGCAGUACCCACCCUACCCCCAGCAGCCUGGUGCCCCACAGCAGCAGUGGGCCCCUAUGAGACCAGGUGUGGUCCCCCAGACCUACCCCCGGCCUCAGACCCCCACAGAGGCACCCGUUCAGGUAGGCAAAUAUCCCCAAAUGCCAGGGUACCCCAAAACCCCGCCUGGGGUGCCCCAACAGCAGUGGGCGAACAUGAGGCCAGACAUGGUGCCCCAGCCGUACCCGCAGCCAGGCGCCCAGAUGCCACAGGUCCGUGCGGUCGCCCCCCAGCCGUGGAGCCCCAUCAGGGUGGAGGUUCCGCCGCAGGGGUACCCUCAACCUCAGGGUCAGGGGUACGCACCCUCACCAGCUCCGGCUCAGUACCAGACACAGCAGUGGAUGCCCUACCCACAAUCCUCUGCUCAGGCUAAGGUCCAGCCUACUGCCCAGCAGAUGGUCCACCUGCAGCAGCACCAGCAGCAGUGGGUCCCGACAGCGACACACGUCCCUACUCCGGUCCAAAGCCCGGCACAUAUCCCGACCAACGUCCCGACCCAGGUCCAGAUGCAGACCCCGAGACCAAUCCAGACUCAGCCCCCAAUCAGGGCACCACUAGUCCAGCCGCCCACCCCGAUGCCACGCCAAGCAGCUGCGCCAAUACAGACGCUUACCCCGAUGCCAAGCCAAGCAGCUGCGCCAAUACAGACGCUUACCCCGAUGCCAAGCCAAGCAGCUGCGCCAAUACAGACGCUUACCCCGAUGCCAAGCCAAGCAGCUGCGCCAAUACAGACGCUUACCCCGAUGCCAAGCCAAGCAGCUGCGCCAAUACAGACGCUUACACCGAUCCAGAUGGCAGCGCCUAAACCCGCUCAGCCACCGACCCCGAUCCCAGUCCAUACAUCAGCGCCGAUGCAAACAUCAACCUAUACACCGACACUAACCACAGUUCAACCACCAGCCUCAGUGCAGCAGUCGGUCCAAAUGCAGGCACCAACUCCAGUGCAACCCCCAUCCCAACCCCCCACCCAGACCCAGUUCCCCGCCGGGCCCCAGGGUCAGCCUGCAGAGCAGUCGGAGCCCAGGCCCUCUCAGGUGGCGGAGCUGCCCCAGACACAGGCAGGGUCCCGGGGGAAGGCCCCAGGCCUGUCCCAGGCUCCGCCACAGGCCUACACGGAGGCCUACGCCAAGGCCCAGGCGCUGGCCAGGAACCGGUUUGAGGAGGCCAAGCACUGCCUGCAGGGCCACAUCCUGGAGGCCAUCACUGUCUUCAGGGACAAGGAGCUGACCGAGGAACAGGCCCUGGCCAAGGAGGAGAUGCUGCGCUCCCUGGACCCUGAGAUGCUGGAGGAGUUCCUCAGAGCUGCGGAGGGCAUGGAGGCCUUCUGCACCCCCUCCCAGCUCCGAGACAUGGAGUUCUUCACACAGUCCGUCAGGACACAGUGGGAGGGAGUGCGUGCUGCUGUGUCCGAGUAUGUGCUGCAGCUCAGAUUUGAGAUUAAAAGGCGGCAGCUUAACAGUUUGAUACAGAUGUGUGAGAUGCACGUUAACUCUCACGGCCUGAAGCGCAGGCUUGCCUCAGUCCCAAAGGGACAGGCGUGUUUCUCGGCGGAGGGCAGCGUGGCACAAGCGGGCCAGCAGCUGCAGGGCCUGAAGGAGCUGUGUGACACGCUGAGCCCCGAGGACGCCCACCGUCUGGCCCAGGCGCAGCUCCGCGAGUGUGAGAAGAGACUCGCCGCCAUCCAGCACCAGUUCAGCGGAGAGAGAGACACUCCACCAGCAGAGGCAGGGUCAGCAGAGGAAUCCGAACCCCAGUCCCAAUCCCAAACCCAAUCACAGUCCCCAGCCCAGCCCGAGGUCCCGCCUCCUGUCCAAUCACAGCCCCCAUCCCAGCCCCAAGCGCCGCCUCCAACACAGGCCCCGCCUCCAGCACAUGCCCCGCCCCCAGCCCAACCACAGCCCACAACCCAGACACAGACUCCGCCCACACCCCGGGCACAUGCCACACCCACACCACAGGUCCCUCCCCAGUCUCCGCCCCAGCCCAGGCCAGCAGCGCCUGUAGAGUCUCCGCCUGUGACCUCCCCUGAGGGCCUCCCUGCCGUCAGAAAGUCCAAGACGGUCCAGAAGAGAGAGAUCGUCAAACAGAUGAGCGCAGAGGACGAGGCCGCCAAGGAGGCCAUGGAACGCUACCGGAGCUCGCGAUUCGCCCUUGUGGCUCAGCUGAACAGGAACGAGCAAAGCAUGUGGGAGAUCUGCCCUCCGACUCCAUUACCUACCAGAGACCUGCAGAAACGCCACAAAGAGCUGCAGGCCCUGACGGAGGAGUCGGAGGUCCUGUGGGGUGAGUUUGCGCGUCAGUGCUCACAGGACCGCGCCGUGGAGCAGGACCAGAUGGAGCUGGCGCUCAAGUGGAGGGAGCAGAAAACACACCUGCAGAACAGGGUGACAUCUCUUGGCUCGGCCCUCCAGCUGGUGGACUCCACAGAGCGCAGCAUCACUGAGAUCUCAGACCGACUGGACACCUUCAUCAACGAGCCCAAGGACAUCACAGCACACACACUCACACACUCCAACAUCCUCAAGGACAUCAAGGACCUGGACGAGAGCAUCCAGAAGGAGAUGGACCGGCUGUCCCGCUUCGACUCGGACCCGAGCCACUUGGACCUGCGUGACCGCGCUCCGCUGACGCAGGUGGUUCUGACCCACCGCGCGUCUCUGGACCGUCUGCGGCAGCAGGUGCGCAAGAGCGACGCGGCGGCACGCGCCCUGGACCGCUUCCUGAUGUCGCUGCGCACCGUGGACCAGGACAUCGGCGGCGUGAACGCCUGCGCCCCCUGUGACGACGCGGCGCUACUGCAGGAGACGCGGGCCAAGCUGGCGCAGGUGCGUCCAGGCGUGGAGAGCCUGCGGGAGAAGGCGCCGCAGCUGGACCGGCUGCUGGAGGGGGGGCGCCUGGCGGUGACGCGGGGCGGUGGGGCGGCCUGCUGCCUGGACAUGGCGACCGCGCUGCUCCGAGGGCUGGACGAGGCCGACGCGCGACUGGCCGCCCGGGAGCAGGACAUCCAGAGGACCGCGCGGGGGCAGGGCCUCACACGACGCACCAGCGUCCUCAUGGGGCAGAUCAGGAAGCUGCUGACCGCCGCAGAGAAGCAGGGCCUCCGAGAGCCCACCAUCCCCGCUGUGCAGCAGAGGGUCCGUGCGCUGCAGGACUUAGAGGCCCAGCUCUCCUCCCUGCAGCCUGAGGUCAGCAGCCUGAAGGAAGCCGCUGCCCACGAGAACACUGAGCUGGACACACUCUGGGAGGAGACUCAGAGAGCAGUGACUGACAGGCAGGAACAGUGCACCGUUCUGAUGGAACUCCUGAAGAAGUUCCAGAGCUGCCGCAGUUACCUAGGCAACGUUCUGCAGAGGGCAGAACACACCAUAAAUGAGCAGGCCUCUUACAUGGGCAAAGACAACCUGCAGAGACUGAUAACCACGGUCCACGGUAUCAAGGAUGAGCUCAGCGGUCUUGGAGCCAAGAUGGAGGAGAUCAGAGCCGUGUGCAGACAGUUGCAGUCACACCUGAAGAAAAUCACAGACUGCAAGGAAACUCCGUUCGAAGGAGAGGCCGAUGCUCUGGUGGACACCUGGCUGGAUGUGACGGAGAAGACGGACUCGUACAUGGAUAACCUGUGUGUGGGGAUGGAGUUGUGGGAGAAGCAGCUGGCUCUGGGGUCGGAGGUGGACACGUGGGCUGCCGCCAAGAUGGCCGUCUUCGCCGAGUCACACCCCUUCCACAGCGAGAAGCAGGUCCUGGACAUGAAGGCUGAGAUAGAGACACAGGAAGAGAACAUUGAGCGUUUUCAUAAGAAGACUCUGGAGAUUCAACAGCUGCUGCAAAGCAAAGAAGAACCACUGGAGCUGCAGGUGAUGGAGACAGGGCUGCGUAAGCGUAUGGAGCAGGUGACGGAGCUGUUCGCCGACACCACCGAUGUGUUCCAGGAGCUGCAGGCGGUGCGCACACAUCUGACCAACAAGAUGGCCGACGCACAGGCUGCCGUCAGCAACAUCCGCUCCGCACUGGGCACGCUCAGUACCGCCCACAACCCACAGCUGCAGAGCCACAUACAGGGUCUGCAGGAGCGGCUGCAGGAGCAGCAGGGGCAUCUGUCGGCGCUGCUGAGGGAGGUGGGCGUGAUGGCCAGUGUGGCCGGCCCAGAGGCCCUGGUGGAGCUGACCACUGAUAGCGCCGCCCUACAGGAGAGCAUCGCACACACACAGCAGCUGCUGCAGCGCGCCCGCGAGCGCGGAGACACCAGCAUCAUACACACCAUCAGAGAUGAGUGCCAUGCGUUUGAGGAGUGGUUCCAGGACCUGCAGCUCAGUGUGAACGAGUGCUUUGAGAACCCCGAGAGACGUCAGGAUGUGGAGACUGCCCUGAAAAGACUCACCUCAUUCCUCUCCAGUAAAGAAGGAGAGCAGAGGUUGUCUCAGCUGCGUGAACGGGUGGAGAGUUCUGGUACGGAACGUCUGGGAGCGGAACCGCAGGCCCAGCUCCAGGUUCUAGUCCAGGAGCAGCAGGACGAGCUGGACACGUUCCGCGCCCACUGCCGGGACCGUCUGACUCUCAUGCAGGACAUCAUGAAGAACAUUAACAGCCUGCAGGAAGAGCACGACUACUUCCGGGACUGGCUCCAGCCGAGAGAACACAGAGAACCGACUGGAGAGGAACUGAAACAGCUACACCAGGAGUUCCUCUCCCUCAGUGGGCGGGGCGAGUCCUUCGGCUCCCUGCUGAGCUCCUCCCAGAGGCGUGGCCUGCGUGGUGAGGCGCUGUUGACGGACAGCCAGGCUGUGCUGGAGCGCUUCCACAGCCUGGGGACUCGCCUGGAGCAGCGGGCCCAGCAGCAGGCAGCCCUGCUGGGGGAGCUGCAGGAGCUUAACACCCUGCUGGACACCACCGCAGCCUGGGUGAGGGAGCACAGGACAGGGCUGGGCACACUGGACGCUUCAACAGAGCAGAGACGGAGCAGAGCAGAGUCGGUGCUGUCUCUGCGCUCGGAGGGUGACUCCCGUCUGUCGUCUCUGCGAGCGCGUGUGGAGAGUGUGUGUGUGCGUGAGGGCGUGGAGGAGGACAGGAGGCGCGCACUGCAGGAAGCGUUGGGAGGUGCAGAGGAGCAGUGGAGAGGAGUGCUGCAGGCGGCCCAGGAGCUGAGGAGCCAGGCGGAGCUCCAGGACUCCCUCUCCAGGGAGCUGCAGCAGCUCAGCACCCAGCAGGAGAGCACGCUGGCCUGGGUCAGGGAGCUGCAGCAGGGCCUGGACGCUCUGGAGGAACACGCCUCUACUCAGGACAAACUCAACAAAGCUCAGUCGGUGCUGUCUCUGCGCUCGGAGGGUGACUCCCGUCUGUCGUCUCUGCGAGCGCGUGUGGAAAGUGUGUGUGCGCGUGAGGGCGUGGAGGAGGACAGGAGGCGCGCACUGCAGGAAGCGUUGGGAGGUGCAGAGGAGCAGUGGAGAGGAGUGCUGCAGGCGGCCCAGGAGCUGAGGAGCCAGGCGGAGCUCCAGGACUCCCUCUCCAGGGAGCUGCAGCAGCUCAGCACCCAGCAGGAGAGCACGCUGGCCUGGGUCAGGGAGCUGCAGCAGGGCCUGGACGCUCUGGAGGAACACGCCUCUACUCAGGACAAACUCAACAAAGCUCAGUCGGUGCUGUCUCUGCGCUCGGAGGGUGACUCCCGUCUGUCGUCUCUGCGAGCGUGUGUGGAGAGUGUGUGUGUGCGUGAGGGCGUGGAGGAGGACAGGAGGCGCGCACUGCAGGAAGCGUUGGGAGGUGCAGAGGAGCAGUGGAGAGGAGUGCUGCAGGCGGCCCAGGAGCUGAGGAGCCAGGCGGAGCUCCAGGACUUCCUCUCCAGGGAGCUGCAGCAGCUCAGCACCCAGCAGGAGAGCACGCUGGCCUGGGUCAGGGAGCUGCAGCAGGGCCUGGACGCUCUGGAGGAACACGCCUCUACUCAGGACAAACUCAACAAAGCUCAGUCGGUGCUGUCUCUACGCUCGGAGGGUGACUCCCGUCUGUCGUCUCUGCGAGCGCGUGUGGAGAGUGUGUGUGCGCGUGAGGGCGUGGAGGAGGAGAGGAGGUGCGCACUGCGGAAGGCGUUGGGAGGUGCAGAGGAGCAGUGGAGAGGAGUGCUGCAGGCGGCCCAGGAGCUGAGGAGCCAGGCGGAGCUCCAGGACUCCCUCUCCAGGGAGCUGCAGCAGCUCAGCACCCAGCAGGAGAGCACGCUGGCCUGGGUCAGGGAGCUGCAGCAGGGCCUGGACGCUCUGGAGGAACACGCCUCUACUCAGGACAAACUCAACAAAGCUCAGUCGGUGCUGUCUCUACGCUCGGAGGGUGACUCCCGUCUGUCGUCUCUGCGAGCGCGUGUGGAGAGUGUGUGUGCGCGUGAGGGCGUGGAGGAGGAGAGGAGGUGCGCACUGCGGAAGGCGUUGGGAGGUGCAGAGGAGCAGUGGAGAGGAGUGCUGCAGGCGGCCCAGGAGCUGAGGAGCCAGGCGGAGCUCCAGGACUCCCUCUCCAGGGAGCUGCAGCAGCUCAGCACCCAGCAGGAGAGCACGCUGGCCUGGGUCAGGGAGCUGCAGCAGGGCCUGGACGCUCUGGAGGAACACGCCUCUACUCAGGACAAACUCAACAAAGCUCAGUCGGUGCUGUCUCUACGCUCGGAGGGUGAUUCCCGUCUGUCGUCUCUGCGAGCGCGUGUGGAGAGUGUGUGUGCGCGUGAGGGUGUGGAGGAGGGGUGGAGGUGCGCACUGCGGAAGGCGUUGGGAGGUGCAGAGGAGCAGUGGAGAGGAGUGCUGCAGGCGGCCCAGGAGCUGAGGAGCCAGGCGGAGCUCCAGGACUUCCUCUCCAGGGAGCUGCAGCAGCUCAGCACCCAGCAGGAGAGCACGCUGGCCUGGGUCAGGGAGCUGCAGCAGGGCCUGGACGCUCUGGCCCGGGGGACCCACGGCAGCCCGGAACACCUGGAGGAUAGACUCAACAGAGCUCAGGCUAUACUGAAUGUGAAAUCAGAGGGUAAUGGGAAACUGGCGUCUCUGAAGAAGAAAGUCGAGAGUUUGUGUGCUCAGGAGGACCUGGAUGAGAGCAGGAGGCGUGGCUUUCUCCAGUCACUAAGAGACACGGACAACGAGUGGAGAGGAGUUCUACAGGCUGCCCAGGAGCAACACAGCGUGCUGAAGCGGGUCAUGGAGCGAGUCGUCUCGUGCCAGUACCAGAAGCAGCAGACCCAGGACCGUCUGGGCCAGCUACGGAAGCAGACGAACGAGCUGCCGCACCGGUUCCCUUGGCCGGGCCUGGGUGACCGGCGCCAAGCGGUGGACCAGGCCCGCGUGCUGCUGGAGAAGACCAGAACGCUGGCGCCGAGCCUGGCGGGCCUCCGGGCCAUGGGCCGCGAGCUCUACCAGAUCACACACGACUCCAGCUGGACUGACCACACCUGGACGGCCAUGGAGGAGAGCGUGCCUGGCCUGCUGCUCGAGCUCACGGAGCUGGUAAAGACUCUGGAGGAGGGUAUUAUGGCAGAGAGGAGGUGUGUCCAGCUGGUGGAACAGCACAACGCAGCUCAGGAUUGGCUGAGAGAGCAGGUCAAAGGUCUCCCGGCCCCGCCCACGGACCGACAGGACCUACAGGCGACCAUCAACACACUUAAGGCUCUGCUGCAGACCGUGGACCGAGAGCAGCGUGAGAUGAAGGAGUGUGACACCACACGUGAUGCGUUGAUACACCUGUGCACACCUGGCGGCCAAGACUCUCUCAGCCUGGAGAUCAUACACCUGCACGAGCUGUGUGACUCGUCCGAGCAAGAGGUGCGUGAACGUCUGUCAGUGUGUGAGAUGCGGCUAGGCGAUCUGGACCGGCGUCUGUCGCUGCGGACAUCUGGCCUGAGGGAGGAGCUGGAGGGCCUCCUGACGGAGCUGCGCCACCAGGACCAGGCUCUGGGAUACUGCCACCAGCACCGAGGCAUCAGCCAGCUGCAGGACAGCUGGCACGGGCUCAAGUCCUGUGAGAGAAGCCUGGAGGGGUUAGAGGGCAAAGUUCGCGACCUCAGUUUGGCCCUGCGCACGGCACCGUCUGAUGAGGAGCUUCCUGCUGACAUCAUCUCCUCUGUUGACACAGUGACACAGUCAUACUGCAGUUUGAGGUCCAGACUGUCAGACAAGCAGACGGAGUGUGCAGAGAACACGGUUCAGAUCGUCAGGGAGUCCCUGAAGGUUCUCCAGCAGUGGAACCAGACUGCAGACACACACACACAGGAGGAGUCCACCUUCAUCAUACAGGAGCUGCUGGAGGAGGGUGCAGUUCUGCGCCAGAGCCUGCAGGUGGCACUGUCUCAUAAGGAGCUGCUGAGAGACUGCCUGGGCCCGGAGCUUGCUGGGAAGAUGGAGAGAGACGCCACCAUAACAGUGAAGGACGCAGACUCAAACAUGGCGUCUCUCACUCAGAGACUCAAGGACAUUGCAGAUCAGAAGAAGAAGGAGGCCAUCAGGCUCUCCCAGGAGAUAGAGCUGAAGUUUCCUCUUCCUGUUGAAAAAAGACUGAGUCCAGUUUUAGACAGUUCUGUACUCAGCUUUGCUGAAACUGAGUCCUCAGACCACCAGGGGGCUCCCUCCCUAUCCCCAGAGAUGCCUGAACAGAGAGCAGAGACUAGAGCCCCUGACCAGCAGGCGGUGUACAGACCAUUAACAACAGACACUAUUAUCAAGUCUCAGUCUGACCAGGCUGAGGAGAUUCACAUAGCUACGAGAGAACCACCACACCAGCAGGUGGCGCCCUCCCCAACAACAGAGACUCUCACCCACAGAUACCACGCUGGUCCCAUGCCAGCGGACACAGACUCCAGAGAGGUGUCCGUUGAAGCAAUUACUCAGGGCCCAGGCUCAGCUGAGUCCUCCGCUGCACUAGGGGCACUGUUGAGGGAGAUGCACGAUGAGAUCCAGAGCACUGGGGCCGCUGCUGCCGCUGCUGCUGCCAAACAGAGGAGAUUCCUCACCCUGGAGAAGACACACCCUCCUCCUGACUUCACCCUGGAGAAGACACACCUAUCUCCUGACUCAGAGAAGAGGACGACUGCCCCUUCACCCAAGUCAGAGGGGAGUCCAGCUGUCGGCGGAUGGAGAGUGAUCCCUACCAUAGUGGAGCCAGAAGAGGAUGAGAGUCCGUCAGAGUCAGCCAUGACAGGAGACCUCGGCCAAGAGGAAGACAUACCCUGGCCGGCCGUUGCACAUACAGAGAGCUUAUGGACUGCCAUGGCAAUGGAGGACAUUGGCAAUCGAUCGCCCACAGCAGGGCGAGUUGGCAUGUGGCCACCCAUCAUUGGCAUGGAGAGAGCGAGGACGGAGAGCAUGAUGUCUGAUGAGGACGCCGUUUACGCUGUUGCUGAAUUAAUGAAAAUGAAAGAGGACACUGAGCCAAUUGGGGAGGAGAAUUCUGACCAAGAGACAGAGGAGAGUGAUGGAGAUGCCCUGCAUACACAAGGAGACCACACCCCUGACACGGACAGCCGAGGCCCAACCGCUAGACAAUCACCUAAGUCAAAGAAGAGAGUGGCCUCUCUCAUUCUGGACGAGGACGCCAUCCAUAUUCAAAGUCUCGAGGUGUCGGACGCCACCAGCAGUGACAUCAUGCGCCUGGUGUCUGCUGGGACUGUGGGCUAUGACACCACUGCCCUUCAGCCGGGAGAGAAGGCAGAUACAGAGGCCCAGGUCUCGGCUACCACUCUUGCCAUGGAGCAUGGCACACCUCAGAAGGAACCACAUGUGGAGGGGCUGGUUGCAGAGGUAUCACCCACGAGAAGCCAGGCAGAGCAGCUGGAGAGAGAGUCUGCUCAUGCGGCACAGGCUCAGACACCUCCAGCCUCACCCACUGAAGCUGGCGCAGCAGGGCCACAAGCAGAAGCAGCCGGGGCCUGGACCAGUGACAAUGGGCCGAGCGGACUGCGCAGAGAGAUCGAGCACUUUGCCGUGGAUAACGGACCGCGGGAGAUCCAGCGACGCUACAUCAUACUGGACCAGCCUGCGGAGCAAGCAGUCGUUCCGAGGCCGCCUGAGCAAACACUGGCUGCUCAGCAACCUGAUGUGGUCAUCGGCCGGCCCGGUGCAACCGAGCCAGAGCCUGGGGUGUUAGAGAGGGAGGACAGAGGACGUGGCGAGGAACAGAUUGGGAAAGAGCUGCACGGAUCAAAGAAGGAUGAAACCGCUGGAGGUCAGGAGAGACCUCAGGAGGAACAUGCCAAACCGGCUCCACCCUCAAGAAAGAAGAAUCAUCAGGCAGAGGUUGAUAAGAGAGAAACAGCAGUGUGUGCAGAGAGUGAACCAGCCCCACCCUCACACACACAUGAAGACAAAACAGCUGCAGAGGCUGUUAGCCAGGUCAGUUUGGAACCUCAGAAGGUCCAGCCUGUCCCAUCAGUGAGGCGCAAAGAAAAGCCAGAUGCUCAUCGCCUCAGUCAGGUCAGUGCUGAAAUUCAACCACAGACGGAGGUCCAACCAAUCCAACCGACCCCACCCUCAAGGAGACGCAAGGAGAAGGCUGAUCCCAAUCGCCUCAGUCAGAUCAGUGCAGACACCCAGCUGGACAGGACUCCAGAGGUGCUGCCAACCCCUCCGUCCAGGAGGCAUAAGGAAAAAACAGAGGGAGAUGGAGAUGAAAUCAGCUUGGGUGCUUCUGCUGCCAGCUCAUUGGAAGUUCUACCAGCACCACCCAGACGCCGCAGAUCCCAGGCAGAAGGUGACCAGAUCAGUUUGGGUGGUUCUGAGGUCCUUCCCACUCCACCAUCCAGAAGGCGUAAGGAACAGCUUGAGGGAGAUCAAAUAAGUCUCACAGGCUCUACUGAAGUUCUGCCAACGCCUCCAAGCAGAAGACGCAAAUCUCAAGUAGAAGGUGAUCAUGCAAGUUUGGGUGGUUUUGAGGUUCUUCCCACUCCACCAUCCAGAAGGCAUAAGGAAAAGAUUGAGGGAGAUCAGAUAAGUCUCACAGGUUCUAGUGUCGGUUCUCCUGAAGUUCUGCCAACGCCUCCAAGCAGAAGACGCAAAUCUCAAGUAGAAGGUGAUCAUGCAAGUUUGGGUGGUUCUGAGGUCCUUCCCACUCCACCAUCCAGAAGGCAUAAGGAAAAGAUUGAGGGAGAUCAGAUAAGUCUUUCUGGUUCUAUCACUGGUUCUCUUGAAGUUCUACCCACACCACCUAGCAGACGCCGCAAAUCCCAGAUUGAGGCGGACAGGUCAUCUAUGAGUCUGGAAGCCCUGCAGGAGAAGCCAGAGAUCCAGCCUCCCCCGCCUGCCAGGAGGAAAAAGGAGAAACUACUGGUGGACAUGCCACCGAGCAGUGAAGCCGAGAAACCAGAGACAGAAGCAACAGACUCAGCCAUCAAGCCAGCGCCACCAGCAAGAGGAAAGGCUUGCCACAUUGAAGGUGAUAAGGCAGAGGCAGAGAAGCCCUCUAUAGGAGGGGAUGCCGAGGGAGGAACCCAACUGGAGACAUCCACGGUGGCUGCCAGGGUAGAGGAAGUGAUGGAGAAGCCCUCUAUAGGAGGGGAUGCCGAGGGAGGAACCCAACUGGAGACAUCCACGGUGGCUGCCAGGGUAGAGGAAGACUCAGCUAAAGAAGAAAAGCCCUCAGUCACUGUUGAAGAGAAACCAGCAGCACCAGUCAGACGCAAGGAGAAAAAAGAGCCAUCACCAGUGCCAGCCAAUCAAGAACUAGAGCAGGCAGAGGCCGAACCAAUCAGCAAGCCAGAAGAAAAGGAAAUGACUGGCACAUCUCAGCCAGAGGUGGGGCAGGAGGCCAUUGCUGCAAAAACAGAAGUCUCAGAGAGUGUUAAGCAGCGGCACGUGAGCGCUGAGGAGCAGCUAUCUGCCUUGGCGCAGGCUGAGCGCCUCCUGCAGGAGGAGGAGAGCGAUGACGAGCCGCUCGGCCCCAACAUGCAGGACCUCUUCACUCAGAUCAGCAAGAUGACCGACCACGGCUCCAGCACUCUCCUCUCAGAGGCUAAUGUGUACAGGGAGCCGCUGUCCAGUCUGGAGUGGUCUCUGCGUGAUCAGGACGCGCGUCUCACUCGACUGGUGCUCAGAGUGCUCAGCUGUGAAACACGACCAGCUGAGCUUAGCACUGAUGCCAUGGCCCUACAGCUGGAGGAGACAGAGGAGUGUAAGCGUAGUGCUCAGAGGGAGAUCUCCGCCCUCUCCCAGCUGCUCCAUGCUAACACUAGCGCUGAUGCUAACGGUGAAGGUCACGACCUUGCGGAUCAGGACCUGGAGGCAGAGCAGCAGCUGGAGGGCCAGUGGUCGUCCGCCCUGUGGGACGCCUCGGCAGCGGUCGUCUCCAAGGAGACGGAGCUGGGGCUAGUAACGGACUACAGUCGUCAGAUGCAGACUGCUAAGGACACUCUGAAGCGACUGCAGACAGAACUCGACAACCUCAAGACGACUCCGCAGGAGAGCAGCUUCCUGGAGGCGGUGCGUCUGCAGGGCUUCCUGCGCGGCAUGGAGCAGGAGAGGGGCAUUCUGGGAGAGCUGCUGCGGACGCUGUCCAGCCUGUCCCCGCGGCUCAGCGAGCCGGACCGUGCGUGCGCCCACACGCAGCUGCGGAGGCUGCAGCGGGAGUGGCGUGAGCUGGAGCGGGCGGGCGAGAGGACCCUGCGGCGCGUCCAGCACUUCUCCCGCGAGAGCGCCCUCUUGCUGCAGGAGGCCAACGGGCUGCAGGAACACCUACGUCACCUCCAGAGGGCGCUACACCCCUCGCCGCCCACCACCCCACCACCCUGGGACCCCAAAGCCGCCCGCGAGGCCAUGCUGCUGACCGCCGAGCUCACGGCCGCCCAGCAGAGCUACCUGCACCUGCAGCAGAGCGCCGAGGCCCUGGCACUGAGCGCGCACAGCGCCCUCUGGCGUGCGGAGGCCGGUAGUGCGGAGCGGGCGCUGCAGGGUGUGCGCACGCAGUUGGAGCAGCUCGGGGAGCGUCUGGCCGCACAGACGCCAGUCAGCGGCAACCCCACCACCGCCAAGAUCGUCAAGGUGAUGACGGACGCGCAGUCUUGGGCCAAGCAGACGGAGAGUGACAUCGAGGGCCGGCGCCGGAAGAUGGCGCUGUUCCCCGAGGAGGUGCAUCGGCAGGUGCGCGAGCUGAAGCGGCUGCAGGCUGAGAUGGGCUCCAAGCAGACGCAGCUGCAGGCGCUGGUGGAGGAGGUGACGGAGCUCGCGCCCGAGCUGGACGCGGCCGACGUCCCCAUGGUGACUGCCUCGCUCCGCGUGCUGGAGGGGCUGUCCAAGAGCACGGCCGAGAAGCUGGCGGAGGCCGAGCGGGAGACGGAGGAGGCGCUGCAGAAGCGUGAGACGCUGGCCGAGCAGAUGGCCGACGUGGACGCCUGGGUGACCGCGCAGCUGCAGCGCGAGGCCCAGCGCAGGACCGACGACCACAGCCAGGGGGCGCUAGAGCUGGAGCGCCGGUCGCAGCAGCUGCGGCAGGUUCUGGACCAAGCGGAGCGGCAGACGGCCGUGUGCGAGGCCCUCCUGAUGACCAGCAGGGACGUCGCCACGGAGCUCAGCGUGGCCGAGAACUGCCUCCUGGACGACAAGCUGGAGAGGCUGCGCGAGGACGUGCGUGGCGUGGCGGCGUACGAGCGCGCCUGCGGUCAGGAGGUGGAGCAGCUGCUGCAGACGCAGGACACGGCCCAGCGCAGCCUGGCCGCUGUGGAGAAGAGUCUGCGGGGCCUGCUGCUGGAGCUGAAGCAGCUGCGCUUCCCCGUGACGCGCCACACACUGCUCACCAUUCAGCCCCUGAGGCACACCAUCAUGGAGCACAAGAGCCAGGUGGAGCGGUUGCAGCCCUGCCCUGAGGACAAGCGGCGCGAGCUGCUGUCCGUCAUCGCCGAGCUCCACCACAAGAUGGCGGCGCUGGAGCAGCGGGCGGCCGAGCACGAGCGCUACCUGGCCUACCGGCGCCGCGUGGAGGACCUGAAGGAGGACAUGGAGGCGCGCGUGCGGCUGACGCGGGACGAGAGCCGCAGCACGGACGAGCGCUACCGCCACUGCCUGGCCCUGCUGACCCACGUGCCGCUGGUCAAGCUGCUGUGCGAGGAGGCCGGCGAGGAGCUCCACCAGGUGGCGCCAGAGCUGUUCCCCAGCCAGCUGACCGCCGAGCGCACGCGGCUCGGACAGGCGCUGGACGCGCUCAACACCUGGGAGCUGACCGCGCACAACAACCUACAGAUCCUGGAGUGGGAGCAGCUGUGCGGCGUCCACUUCCUUUCCGAGUGCCGCGCGGUGAUGCGUCUUCUGCGCGAGGCCAACCGGGCGCUAGAGGGCGCCGCCGCACUGCCUGUCCACCAGGAGGCGCUGGACCGAGAGCUGCGGAGGUGUCUGGCCCUCAGGAAGAGCGUGGAGAGCCGCGUGCGCGUACUGGACGUCCUCGAGCACAAGAAGGGACUGAGCGCCGACGAGAAGGAGCAGAAGGCCAUCAUACUCCGCGUCAAGAAUGUGGUCCUGGACAAGUGUGACAAGAGAAUGGAGAGUGUGUCGAAGGCGAGGAAGGCGUUGCGGAGCUACGUGUCAGUGAUGGGCACGGCGGUCAUCAUCCUGCAGAAAGCCGAGACGUCGCUGCUGCCCUCGCUGGCGUCGGCGCGCACCUGCUCCCAGCGUCUCAAGGACGUUCAGCAGGCGGCCGAGGCCCUGGAGCGCGACUUCCAGACGCACGUGUCCCGGCUCCAGACGCUGGCCCCGCAGGCCGCCUGCUUCUGCCCAGACCAUGUGCAGCGUCUGCAGGCCGGCGUGCUCAGCCACCUCCUGGUGCGGCUCUCACAGCUCCAGGCCCAAGCCCAGCUCAGGACCCAGAGCCUGGAAGGGUGUGUGGAGCGGCAGAAGACGGUGCGGAAACACUACGAGGAGAUCUGCCAGCAGGUGCGUGAUGCGGAGACUGCCCUGGCUGAAUGCACCGGCCACAACAUCACCACCCAGCAGGACUGCAAUGCCCAGAGAGACAAGCUUAAGGCUCUGCUGGAGGAGGUGGAGUCUCUGCCCCUCACCCUGGAGAAGCUGCAGGAGUGGUGUCCGGUGCAGGGUUGCCGUAGUAACCGCGAGGAGGCAGUGAGCGCCCUCUGGGGGCAGGUGUCCAGACUGCAGCGCUGCACCCAAGACCUCAGAGCUCGCUCGGACGCCAGGUCCGCAGAGUGGACCCACAUCACCAAGAGCGUGGAGAAGGCGUCCAUCGUACUAGAGCAGGUGGAGGCGGAGCUUCCGGAGUCAGGGGCGGAGAAGGUUGGGGGGGAGGAGCUUCAGGAGCGCCUGCAUUACUGGACGCAGUACCAGGGCCGGCUGGACUGCGAGAGCCACGCCCUCUCGGCCCUCGAGCUCCGCGUCGCUCGUCUCCUCGCGGUCCCGCCCAGUCUGGAGCAGGCCCCGCCCAUCCCUCUCUGCCAGGAGCUGCAGGCCAUGCAGGAACGCUACAGGAGCCUGCGGGACAAGUGCAUGCUGGGACGGCGUGCGACGCUGACAGAGCUGACGGAGCGGGAGAAGGUGCGGCAGGAGCUGCAGGGCGUGAGGCAGUGGCUGGUUGCCGCGGUGACGCUCUUCACGGCGCUGGAGGAGGACCCCAGCACUCAACAGCUACAGGAGGUGCACUCGGAGCUGUGUACCCAGAAGGCCGUGCUCCAGCGCAUCAUGGAGUCCCUGCGGAUGAAGUACUCCGACAUGUACACGCUGGUUCCCGUGGAGAUAGAGGGCCCGCUACAGGAAGUCUCCAGCUCGCUGCAGGAAGUGGAGGAGCAGGUAGGGCUCCCUGCUGUAGUGGGCGUGUCUCAGGUGGGGACGGCGGACUCCGUGUCCAAGCCCGUGGCGACGGUCCGAACGCAGUCGCUGCCCAGAGAGCUGGAGGGGUCAUCUGAGCUGGCGGGCGGCACGUGUCCCCUGGUGCCCUCUAAGGCCUGCCCACUGCCAGGGUCCAGGGGCCUGGAGACGGAGGCUCUGCCCAGAGAAGAGGCCGCAGGUGAAGCCUGGGGCUCAGGUAGUGGCGUGCCCAAGGCUGGAGUGCUCCAUGCCUGCCGUGAGCGUGUGGAGCGGCUGGAGGGGUGUCUGCAGCAGGUGCAGCGCAGCCUGACACCAUCCACCACCACCACCACCACCAGCAGCAGCAGCAGCAUGCAGGACAGUGUGGAGAAACAGCUCCUCUCCUGCCAGCCCUGA